GUACCGAACAAUGAACGGGACCAGCAAUGUGCUGACUCCCGACCCAUACCGGUCCAGUUACAUCUCAGCACCAGCAUGUAUAAAUAGGUCCGUUCAGUUUGGGGUCAGGACGUCGUUUUUUGUGAAGUCCCUGUGAGAACUGAGCGCCAAUCUUUGUUGGGCAGUCAGGCAAAUCUUCACUGAAAUCCACAGCAGCAUGGCUCUAAAUAAUCCCACCCCGCUGGGACCAUGGAAGAUCACAGCUUACGACCAGGAAAACUUCCAGGGCAAACGUCUUGAGUUCACCUCAGCCUGCCAGAACAUCAUGGAGUGCAGCAUCGACAACAUCCGCUCCCUCAAGGUGGAGUGCGGGGCCUGGGCAGGAUAUGAGCACUCCAGCUUCUGUGGACAACAGUUUGUGCUGGAGAGAGGAGAGUAUCCUCACUGGGAGUCGUGGAGUGGCAGCAACGCCUACCACAUUGAGCGGAUGAUGUCCUUCCGACCCAUCUGCUCCGCUAACCACAAGGAGUCCAAGAUGGUGCUGUUUGAGAGGGAGAACUUCAUAGGUCGCCAGUGGGAGAUAAACGAUGACUACCCCUCCCUGCAGGCUAUGGGCUGGAGCAACAAUGAGAUCGGAUCUAUGCAAGUUCAGAGCGGAGCUUGGGUUUGCUACCAAUUCCCAGGUUACCGUGGUUACCAAUACAUCAUGGAGUGCGACCGGCAUGGUGGCGAAUACAAACACUACAGAGAGUGGGGCUCCCAUGCUCAGUCCUUCCAGGUGCAGUCGCUGCGUCGGAUCCAGCAAUGAGGCCUGCAGCCACCUCUCCCUACCACUCACUCUUCACCUCCUCUUCUUUCUUCUCCCCUUAUUCAUCUUCCUCCAUUCACCCUGUCAUUCCUGCACCUCUUGGGGUUUCCCAAUUGAGAAGCUAACACAAUGUUUGUUUUGUUGCCAAAUAAAAAGCACUUACAAGGGAUUGAGAGGAGAAAAAAAAACUGACAAUGAAGAGAAGCUCUGGACUGAUGCCCCAUGAGGAAAGAAGAAAAGGGGAGUAAAAAGCCUCGCAGUGGCAACAGAGCAGCGGAGUCACUCGGGCAUUGCUGUGUAACUUCACAUGUUUGUGGGUCACUAUGCUGAUGCCGGUGACGAAAAAAGAAAGAAUGGGCAACUUAAAAUAAACACAAACUCAAACAGUCUGCUU